AUGGAAACAUAAACAAAAAAGUCCAGGGCUACUAGCCGAAUUCAUUAGGGCUUAGAUUGAUUUCAUGAUUUAACCUGUUAGAAAACAGUACAGACAUUACUGGUUUAUAGACUUAAUCAGACUCAGAGCAGCAUGUACUAUUCACAAUGCCACACAAAGACAGGGCUGCCAAGAGAAGUCGUUAAGUGGCUGCAGAGCCUCGACUUGUCAUUUUAUCCGAAGAAUGUGCGCAGAGAUUUUUCCAAUGGUUACCUUGUGGCAGAGAUAUUUUCUUAUUAUUACCCCCAAGACUUCCCAGAGCAUUCGUAUGACAAAGGAACAUCACUUUCUGCCAAGCAGAAAAACUGGAGCAAGAUACAACGGGCUUUACAGAAACAGAAUCUGCACUUGAGGAAGGAGGUUGUUGAUGGAACCAUUCACUGUAAACCAGGAGCAGCUGAGCUGUUGGUCAACGAGGUUUAUGCUAUUUUAACCAACCAAAGGAUCAUGGAUGUUCAGAGCCCAGAGAGAGACUUCACUGACCAAGAGUACCAGGAGCUACUCCCCACGCUGGCCCGCUCUACGGCCUCCAAGGCCAUUAAGAACAACCUGAGCAUAACAGAGAUCAUGGCUGAGCCCAACUUCAGCACAAACCAGAGGAAGGCUGAACUCAUCCUCCACAGACACCUGGAGCACAAAGCUGCAGAGAGAGCUCUCAACCCUGAACACUUUAAGGUGAAGCCAAAUCUGGGCCAUCUGGCAGCCAAAAAUCCUGUGCCAUCCAGUCAGGGUAAUGCUGACAACCAUUCAUCUGGAGGCACAUCAUCAAAGAUGUGCUCAACAACAUGAGGUGGAGCUGUUGUUCCCUUUAAGGAGCAGGUGACAGCAUCGAGUCAUGAGCAGCACCCUCCUCAGUGGUUUCAGAGACCAAAACCCACUGCUGUGGGUGUGCCAUUGACAAAAAAGCAGAAUGAAUCAUUGUAUGUAUUAAAUAUUGCCCAGCAAUGUGUUUGUUUCACUGUGCUCAUUCAGAGCUUCUUCAGCCAUUACUGCGUCUCCCCUCAUUUACUAUCAAUGAGGCAACAGACAGGCCUUUUUUCUAGAAUCUGCAGUGUAGGAAAUGAUCAUAAGUCACCUGCCAAAUUCUGGUAAAUUUACACUGCACCUCAUUACAUUCUCUGUGGUAGGUGCCCCUUUAUGUAAUUAACCCUGAUAACCGAUCCCAUAAUUGGCUUGCUAGACACAUAGACAAGAAAACUUUUCCCCUCACUUUGUCUUGGUUAAUUAUUAAUAU